AUGGCAGCAUCGCGAUCAGUCUCAAUCACUUAUGUCCCGGCGGACUGUGGAUCUAUUAUUCCAGGCAAGUCCAAAGCACCUCAAGCGUUCAGAGGUGUUGGUAUCGUUGACAAAUUGAGAGAUGCCGGUGUACCAUCUGUCUCUGAGCAUCAUGCUUUAAAGGCGCCAGCAACAUUCUCUGCUACGACGUUUAGCCUAGGCGGUGCACGCAAUGAAGACAUCAAUAUCGCGGUCUGCGAAGACGUUGAGUCGACCAUCCUCAAUAACUUCAAGAUUUCGAAUGGUCAACUUGAUUUCCAGCUCGUCCUCGGCGGCGAGUGCUGUAUGCUGCCGGCUAUCCUCUCGGCCUUUUGGAAACAUGCCGACUCACAGUCUCCGCCAGGACGUGUUGGUCUGAUUUAUAUCGACGCCGAUACCGAUCUUACCUCUCCUACAGACCUGAGCUCUAUUGGAACUUUUGCUGGAAUGAAUAUGGCUCAUCUUGUUCGGUUACCAGGUGCACUUCCACGCAUGGAGCAGUUCUCUCGUCCAUCAGGCGAACCAGUCUGUGAUGCUUCGAAUACUGUCUUCUUCGGCACGAACAUGUCUCUUCCUGGAAACAAACCACAGCACUUCAAGUAUCUCUUCGACAACAACUUCAAAGUCGUUAGCUCAGCAUCCGUGGCGAAAGACCCUGAGCAGCGCGCAAAAGAAACGCUCGAGUUUCUACACGACAAAGUCGAUAUUAUUAUGGUUCAUUUAGAUGUUGACUCGAUUGAUCCUGGAACGUUUCCCUUGGCGAAUGUUCCCAACUUUACUGGUGUGGAGUUCGAGAAUAUGAUGAGAGCGCUUAAAGUGCUGCUUGGAAAUGAAAAAGUUGGAGGUCUCACUGUUGCGGAGGUCAACCCUGAUCAUGAUCCUGGGCUGAAGAUGACUGAGAGAUUGACUUCUCAUAUCGUGGACAUGUUGGCCGCAAGAAAGUGA